UAAACAAAAAGUUUGUUUACGUAUUGCCAUAAACGUCAAAGUCGGCAAAACCAAAGUAGCGGUUUAAGGGAAUGCGCCAUCUUCAGUUCAUUACACCAUGGGAAACCACUAUAUACAUAUAUAGAAACAGAGAUGAGCAACAGUAGUGAUUCUAUAAAUAACUGCCAAAGUGCUGAUUUUAUAUUCCGCAACCCGUGUUCGUAUAGUUCACCAGUGGUUGAACAAGAAGAUGUGGACGACAGGGAUGAUGAUAUGACUUUUUGCAUGUCAAAUUACGCCAAAGAAGUUUUAAAAAUGAUGUUUAUGAUGCGCUCGCAUAAUAUGCUUACGGAUGUCAUAUUAGAAGUAAAGCAGGAAUUAUUUCCAGCACACAAAGUCGUUUUGUCAGCAGCAUCUCCAUAUUUUAAAGCUAUGUUUACCGGCGGAUUAAAAGAAUCGGAGAUGUCACGAGUUCAACUGCAAGGAGUUUGCCCCACGGCAAUGGGUCGUAUAAUAUAUUUCAUGUAUACAGGCCACAUACGUGUUACAGAAGUAACGGUCUGCCAAUUACUGCCUGCUGCAACGAUGUUUCAAGUACCAAACGUAAUUAAUGCGUGUUGUGCCUUCUUAGAGAGACAAUUAGAUCCAACAAAUGCUAUUGGUAUAGCAAACUUCGCCGAACAGCAUGGGUGCUCAGAGCUUCAAAGGAAGGCUAACCAUUUUAUAGAAAGGCAUUUUACACAGGUAUGCCAGGAAGAAGAGUUUCUUCAACUCACCGCUUACCAAUUGAUUGCGUUAAUUCGUCGCGACGAGCUAAAUGUUCAAGAGGAGCGCGAAGUAUAUAAUGCUGUUCUUAAAUGGGUUAAAUAUGAUGAAGAAAACCGUUACCCAAAAAUGGAGCAUAUACUUUGUGCCGUUCGUUGUCAGUUCUUGACACCUAAUUUUCUUAAAGAGCAAAUGAGAAACUGUGAUGUGUUACGUAAGGUUCCUGCUUGUCGAGAGUACUUAGCCAAGAUAUUCAAGGAUCUGACUUUACACAAACGACCGGUAGUAAAAGAACGUACGCCAAAUACAACUCGAAUGAUUUUUGUGGCCGGAGGAUUUUUCCGGCAAUCAUUGGACAUCUUGGAAGCAUAUAACGUGGAUGACAAAACAUGGACAAUUUUGCCAAAUUUACGGAUUCCCCGGUCUGGUCUGGGUGCAGCUUUCUUGAAAGGCACAUUCUAUGCUGUGGGGGGAAGAAAUAAUUCUAUUGGUUCAUCCUAUGAUUCCGACUGGGUAGAUCGGUAUAAUGCUGCAACAGAGCAAUGGCGUCCGUGCGCUCCAAUGACAGUACCACGUCAUCGAGUUGGCGUGGCUGUAAUGGAUGAAUUGAUGUACGCAAUAGGUGGAUCCGCUGGAUCAGAAUACCACAAUUCAGUCGAAUAUUACGAUCCAGAGCAAGAUCGAUGGACCCUUGUACAACCCAUGCAUGAAAAAAGAUUAGGUGUAGGUGUGGUUGUUGUGAAUCGAUUAUUAUACGCAAUUGGAGGAUUUAAUGGAACUGAUCGACUGACAACUGUAGAAUGCUACCACCCUGAAAAUAAUGAAUGGACCUUUGUACAACCAAUGCAGUACGAGCGAAGUGGCGCUGGUGUCGCUGCUAUUAACCAAUUCAUUUAUGUGGUUGGUGGAUUUGAUGGAACACGCCAACUUGCCACGGUGGAGCGAUAUGACACUGAAAAUCAAAUUUGGGAAUUAGUGGCACCAGUACGUAUCGCUCGCAGCGCUUUAUCUCUUACUCCGUUAGAUGGAAAGCUCUAUGCAAUUGGUGGAUUCGACGGUACAAAUUUUCUUUCGAUUGUUGAGGUAUACGAUCCUAAAACUAACACCUGGGACGAAGGCACCCCUUUAAACUCUGGUCGUUCCGGCCAUGCAUCAGCUGUGAUAUACCAACCAUCUUGCGCUACAAACUUCAUGGAAUGUAUGGAUAGUGAAACAGCUAAACGUGGCGGAAAUGGUUCAUUCCCUGAUGAAUUACCAAGGAGUAGAAAUAGUAAUCAAAUAGGUCCUACAAGUGGGAGCUCUUAUAUGCACUUUCACACAUCUUUUGGUGGGACAAGUUGUAGAAAGUGUGAUCGGGAUCAACAAGCAAGCGAAGAUAUUAAAAGCAGUAAUUCGAAUCUAUUUAAUCCAACAUUGCUGGAUACCUUUUGGUAUAUUUAUCAGUGGUUUGCGAGCUUUUACAAAGGAAAUAAUGCAAUAUGCAUUGAAACAUGCACCUGCUAUACUUAGUAUGAGUCAAAAACUAAAUUGCAUAUUUAAUCUGCAUAAGAAGUAUCUAGUUUCAGCGUCUUUUUUGUUUGGUUCGAAAAAGAUUAAGCAAGAUAACUGCUGUCACAGAAAAUGCACCGAAAACCAGCGCCCAAUGCAUACAAAAAAAAAAAAACAUGGGACAUUCCUUUUAUAAAUAUUUUCACUUACCACGGAAAAGGCAUCAUAAAACCAAUGUAUUGUCAAGCUAAUUGUUUUAUUGUAUUUUAUAGAUUCAAACGUAAGAACGUGGUUUUAAUGAGGAAGUGUUUUACCUCUGCAGGAAAAAGUUUCAAAGAAUGGUAUAGAAGUGUGACAUGCUAAUUCGGAAUUCAAAUUUCAAUAGUCGUCAGAUAAAAAGGGUUAACAAAAACCUUGAUACCUAGUAUCGUUCUGAAGUCGAUUACAAUUGUAAUAAACGUUAAAUUACAUAAUUCUUUGUAAGUGCCUUAAAUUGGCUUAGGAAAUGUAUUGCCUAACGAAUUUAUAUCAUCAUUUCGUGUCUAUAAAGGCGCGAGCUCAAAAGUUGACGCGAAAAAAGGCGCAUAAAACAAACUUCAGCGAAGAAAGACUCUUAACAUAGUUGACGGCGAAGAAGGACGCGUAAACUUAUUUUCGCUGUCAACUAUGUAAUAGUAUGUUCAUUCCGUAAAUAGUGACGAUAUAAGAGCUUAAGUGAGGAUAACCGAUUAUUGUAAGUUGAAAACAUCAGACUGUGAGAAAUCAUAUUUGUACGAAAUAGUCACGCCCGACGGCAAGUAAAUGUACUACAAUUUCAUCUCAAAUCAUGCAAGCCGACUGCACCUAUCUCACCGGAUCACUUGAAAUUUUAUUACAUUAUUCUACUCGGAAAAUAAGCGCAUACGUUUUUUUAUCAAUCAUAAAAAUUCUAUGUUUCAUGCACAGUGUAGACAGUGUGCCAAGUAAUGACGAUAUCCAGAUUUGACAAAUCAUACGUGAACUGAUGUGUUUGUGUUAGUUGUUUAAUUCAAUUAACCCUCAGAUAACACAUGUUUAAAAAAACACAAAUUUUUGUUCUGUAAUCAAAAUUGAUUUUAAUUGCAAAGUUAAAUUCCUAUUACUUAAUCAAAUAAAAUUUAAUUUCGUAAAUUCUUUCUAUUUCCACAUUGGAUAGAUUGGGCACUGGUACUUGCUUUGACGGAACUUAUUCCGGAUGCAAUAGCUUACGCGACUAGAAAGGUCCGGGGUUUUAAAAUGAUUCUCACAAAUACAUGCUGUUGGUGACAAAGACAUAUGGCAAGCUAGCUCCCACUGUUCUUUUUACAUACUCUUCGUUCGGUACGAUGAACACGGAGUCACCGCACUUCGCACUCUUGCAUAAAAAACACGUAUGCUGCAUUAUUAGUUUGCUCAACAAACUAUAUGAAUCGAUAUCGCUUUGUUGGUGCGCAAAAAUAACUUACCAAAAUAAUUUCGUUUCGUUUCAGAGCUAAAUUAACGAAACAAAACUCAAUCGUUAACGUUGAACGAAAUAAAUAUUAUUAUUUUACUAUGAUAAUAGCCUAAGCGAUAAAAAACUGAAUCGUUUCAACAGAAACGAUUGCUUUUUUUUGGUAAAAUCUAAUGUUAACGUUACAAUGCAUCCUUGGCCUUUUCGCUUUCUAUAUUUAUUUUUUGUUAAUAGGUAUUUUCUUCUGUUCACGAUUUCAAAAAAAUUUUAAAUGCAAACUACCAGAAAGGUUAAAGAAGGUGGCAACGAAUUUCAAAAUUUUAACUAACACACUCAAGCAAUUGUCAAAUAUGGAUAAGAGAAAAAUUAAAUGUCAUUACUUGGCACACUGUAUAUACUGUAGUUUCAUGCACUUUGCAGAAAUGACUCAGCAAU